UGACGCUUUUUCACGCAGCUUUUCUAGAAACAAACUUUUAUUAAAGUUUGGUUUAUCUGUAUCCGGACGAAAAAGAGGAAGGAGAAAUGAGCGCCACUUCCUCCACCACAUCUGCAAGGAGACAAUAUCGCUACCAGACCAGAGCCUCCUCCUCUCAGGUGGAUGAAAGUCUGUUUGGAAGCACCACAAAGAGGGCCUCACAGUCAGCCUGCAAGGUGAAGGAAGUCAAGGAAGUGCCAGUGCAGAAGCAAACUAUUCAAAUUGUCACCAAAGACCUAAUUCGCAAUCUCAGGGUACCAUGCAGAGAUCCUUCAGGACAGUCCAUCAUUCUAACAUCAGCUGACUUCAAGCAGAUCACCUCAAGAUCCAAGUAUCUCUCCAAGGAGGAGGAGGAGGCUUUGAAGGCAGCCAGUCAGAGGAGGAAAGAAGAAGAGAUGAAAGCGGCCGAGGAAAGGAAGCGAGAGAUGUUAGAGGCGGACAUGUCCCGUCAGGAGAAGGAGGCUUUAAGCGAAGUGGAGAUGGAGGCUCACGACCGUGUGCAGCGUUUGUUGGAGGGCGCCAACGCCCUGAGGAUGGAGCAGGAGGAGGAGAUUAAAGAACUCAACAAGUUGAUUCUCGGUGCCCAGUGCCAAGCCACGCGUGACGCACAGAUCCAGGAGAAGAGACAGAUCCAGCUGGAGAUGCUGGAGGAGCAGAAGCGUCUGGACGCCAUGAUGGAAGUAGAACGUCGCAGGCUUCUGGAAAAGAUGGAGGAGAUAGAAGAGCAGCACAAGCAAGAGAGGAUCUGCGGGAAGCAGCAAAUCUUUGAGCAGAUCCAGCAGCGUCUGGAGGAGAAACUGGUGCAAGAUGAGCUGAAGGAGCAGGAGAAACAUUGCGUCCGAGAGAAGCAAGCCAGAAUGAACCUGGAGGACCUCAUGGCCUUGGAGAAGAAAAGAGAGGAGCAACAGCGUCUGCAUCAGGAGGUCAUUCGAAUCAACGCCGAGACUUUGAAGGCGCAAGAACAGAAGAGGGAGGAGGAGAAGCUUGCAGAUAAGAGAGAAAUGGAAUUUCUCCAAAACAAACAGCAACGUGAGGCGGACUACGAAGCAGAGCAGAGGAGGAUCAAGAAGGAGAAGGAGCUGGAGAUCGCCAGGCUGAGGGCUCGGCAGGAAAAAGCCAGGGACCACAAAGCAGACCAGGACGAGCUGCGAGCAAAGAGGAACCAAGAUAUGGCGGACAGAGACUGGAGGAGGAAACAGAAGGAGCUGGCUGCCAAGAAGGCGCAGGAGGAGGCCACACUGAGGGCCGCUCGCUUGGAGCAGGUGCAGCGCAAAGAGCAACUCCUGUCAAUGGAAGCCGGCCGAGAGAAGGCUGAGUUUGAGAGGGUCCUCAAGGUGCAACAGGAAGCCGCCGUCAAACAAAAACAAGACGACGAGAAGCAGCGCCUUAGCGCGCUUAGCCACGCAGAGGCCAUCAGGCAACAAGUGAAGGAGAUGGAGCAGUCGGCCAUGGCCAAGCGCAAAGAGAGAUUGAAGGAGGCGGAGCAAGUGAGCAGGGAGGCCCAGCAGAGACGCAAACGCAUCAAUGAGGUCAAACAGAAGAAGCUGAAAGAGCUGAAGGCAACUGGGCUCAGUGACAAAUACUGCAGUGAAGUGGAAAGGAAGGCUUGGCUGCUUUGAUUCCCUCAAAGUGCCCAUCAAGGACCACAAUGUACCCCAUAGGGCAGGUUGUGUCCACAGUACGGUCCACAUUCUAAAAAUGGUGUGAAACAUGUAUACAACUACACCAAACAAGAAAAAAAGCUAAUGAUUUGAUAGGCUGUUGGUUACGGAAAGGGCAAUUCUGUAAUUGAAAAGGACAGUGGCCGAUACCCGGAUUAAAAUGGGGUUGGGUGGGGACAAUCAGCCAAUUUAUUUAAGUUAAGUCAUUUGGCUGUACAUCUGGGGGGGAAACACAUACCACCAAAAAAACCCUCAACAUAUUCUAAAGAAUCAAUAUUAAACUUAACAUGUUCCAGACACUGCGAUGAGCCAGUAUCCCUGCCUUUUACCCGAGUGCAGCUGGAAGGUUCCAGUUCCCCCCCUACCCCGAGAGGGACAAGCAGUAGAAGAUGGAUGGAUGUUCCAGACAAUUCCGUUAAAAGAAACAAAAAAGUUACUGUAGCAGCAUAAAAUGUUUUUUGGAUAUAAUAAAAAAAUAUGUUGUAAAUAUAAAAUUCUAACAACACUAUAAUGUAUGUAUAUAAGUACCUACAAAGGCCUAUAUCAAUGUAUAUUAAACAUUUUGGAUGUGCUGCUCCCCCAGGUGGACAAAUAUGUAGCUAUCCAAAUCAAUUCUGCACGGCUGUCUAAUCCACAUUCAUUUACAUACACACACGGGACUCCACAGAAAUUAUGUUUACACUUUUUAGGUUUUAUUUAGGCUAGUACUUCCUUUCAGUUAGGUCAUAUUCUUCUACUUUUAUUGAUGACAGGGCCCCCUCUAAUUAUGUAUUUAUUCAUAUUCAUGACAACAAAAAGGGAGUGAACGUAUGGUAAGGUUAGGGCUACACUUAUAUACACACACACACACACACACACACACGCAUACGCACACACAGACACACAGUGAUUUAGGUAUGUAAGGAAGUACAUGAAGGUAAAUAGGGUCUUACUUCACACGAUUCUUGACAAAUAGGUGGAUGUACUAUUUUCUUGAACCAUCUGCAUGUUCCAUCCCGCUGUCAUUCAGACAUCGUAAAAGUCUUGGAGGAGGAAUCGAUAGGAGAACAGGUUGGUGUGUGUAUGGAGGGGCGGGGUUGUGUCACCAACUACAAUGUUUCAUGUUCAACAUCUGUACACAAAUCAACAAAAGGAAAUAAAUGCAGACCUCAGCACAGUGAGGGUAAAUACACACGUGUGGUACAUUUAGUCCUGCCCUUUCUUUUUGCACAUACACAGAUACAGUCUCACACAAGCACUGUA